AUGUCUAAUGAUUCAGUGGAAGAAGAAACCGAGCUUCAGAGUUAUAUUGCUGGAAAGUGUUUAACUUUUAAUGAAAAAAAUAAAGAAAAGUUCGACAUUCUUUGUUGGUGGAAACAUAAUGUUGGUCAAUACCCUAUUCUGUCCCAAUUAGUUAGAGAUAUCAUGUCCAUGCCAGUUUCAACUGUGACUUCUGAGAGUGCAUAUAGCACGAGUGGGAGGGUUUUAGAGGCAUACAGAAACUCUCUCAAAUCAGAAAUGAUCGAAGCUUUAAUUUGUAUUCAGAACUGGUUGAGACAUGUCUUUUACCAAUUCAAAGACAUGGAAUUCAAUGAGGAGUAUGAAAUAUCUGAAUAUGCUUUACUAGGAUUUACUCAAACUUCAGCCGGAAGUGGAGCACCAUCUUCUUCUCAUACUCAGUCACAGACUUCGUUAUGUGCGUAA